AUGUCCGUCUCCACUACCCAGCCCGGAAAGAAGUACGUCUUCGGCGUUCCCCUCUACGACUUCCAAGCCCUCGACGUUGUCGGUCCAAUCGACCUCAUCCACUCCUCUUCCAAGCAACUCCUCGCGGAGAUGGAAUCCAUCGGCUUCCUACCCGCCGGUCUCGCCCCCCACGCCAUCGACGUCGAAUUCAUCUUCCUCGCACCAACCCUCGACCCAGUGAAGCUGCACUAUGGAAUGACCCUCGUCCCCACUGCGACCUUCUCGACCUGUCCGCCCCUAACGUGUCUCCUCCUCGGCGGCCCGGGACCACAGUUCUUCAACAAUAUCCCGGAAUCGUACGUCUCGUUCCUCCAGGAGAGGGUGAAGGAGGUGGAGUUCCUGUUCACGACAUGCACGGGCGGGAUCGUGGCGAGUAAAGCGGGGUUGUUGGAUGGGGUGAAGGCGACGACGAAUUGGGAGUUUCUUGACGGGGCGAGGAAGGAGUGUCCUGCCACUGAGUGGGAGAAGGAGAGAUGGGUUGUAGAUGGCAAGAUUUGGUCGUCUGGGGGUGCGUUUGCGGGGAUCGAUAUGUUUGAGAACUGGUUGGAGGGGAGGAGGGGGGAGGCGUUGAAGGGGUUGGCGAGGAGUGGGUUGGAUUAUUUGCCGAGGGGGCUGGAUGGGGAGGUUAUUAGGGAUUAG